GCCGGGCUUUGACAGAAACUCCCGGAGGGGUGGUGGGGGCGGGACCUGGGUGUCGCGCGCAUGCCUGGCAAGUCGGGGCCGCUCUUCUCCGGUAGCUGCGGCUCGGACGCCUCAGCUGGGCCUAGGAUGGAUCUCCCGGCCGUGCUCGCCGCUCCGGCCGUGCGCGGAGACCAACAUGGCGGUGGCCCAAGCCGACUUCGCCGCGGCGCAGGGCCGUCCCUCGGUACUGGUCCCGGACGCCGCCGCCUGCUGCUGCUGAGGGGCCCGGAAGAUGGCGGGCCCGGGCCGCAUCAGGACGAGGCCCCGGAGUCGAGCCCGCCGCCCCCCGAGGACGGCGGCGACUCUUUCGUGGUACUGCUGGAAGUGCCGCGCGCGGCCGACGCCCACGGGCAAGAGGAGAUAGAGCCCAGCCCCGGCGCGAGCCCCACGGAACAGGUCCCGACCGCCGCCGCCCCCGGUUCGGCUCUGGCAGGCACCGUCACCAUCCACAACCAGGACCUCUUGGUGCGCUUCGAUCGCGGCGUCUUCACACUGGCCGCCGCCGCGCCCGCGCCAGCCACCCCGGGCCUGCAUCCUGAGAACACCCCGGGCCUGGAGCCCGCGAGCGCUGUUGCGUCCCGCCGCGGGCCGGUGGCCGCCAGCGCCGGCUCUCCAGCCUACCGCUGUCCCGAGCCGCAGUGCGCGCUGAGCUUCGCCAAGAAGCACCAGUUGAAGGUGCACCUGCUGACGCACGGCAGCCUCCAGGGCCGGCGGCCUUUCAAGUGCCCGCUGGAUGGCUGCGGCUGGGCCUUCACCACCUCCUACAAGCUCAAGCGACACCUGCAGUCGCACGACAAGCUGCGGCCCUUUGGCUGCCCCGUGGGCGGCUGUGGCAAGAAGUUCACCACGGUGUACAACCUCAAGGCGCACAUGAAGGGCCACGAGCAGGAGAGCCUGUUCAAGUGCGAGGUGUGCGCCGAGCGCUUCCCCACACACGCCAAGCUCAACUCCCACCAGCGCAGCCACUUCGAGCCCGAGCGGCCCUACAAGUGUGAUUUCCCAGGCUGUGAGAAGACAUUCAUCACAGUGAGUGCCCUGUUUUCCCAUAACAGAGCCCACUUCAGGGAACAAGAGCUCUUUUCCUGUUCCUUUCCUGGAUGCAAUAAACAAUAUGACAAAGCCUGCAGACUGAAAAUUCACCUGCGAAGUCACACAGGUGAAAGACCAUUUAUUUGUGACUCAGACAGUUGUGGCUGGACCUUCACCAGUAUGUCCAAACUGUUAAGGCACAAAAGGAAACAUGAUGAUGACCGGAGGUUCACCUGCCCUGUGGAAGGCUGUGGCAAGUCAUUCACUAGAGCAGAGCAUCUGAAGGGCCACAGUAUCACCCACCUGGGAACAAAGCCAUUCGAGUGCCCUGUGGAAGGGUGCUGUGCCAGGUUCUCAGCUCGCAGUAGUUUGUACAUUCAUUCUAAGAAACAUCUACAGGAUGUGGGCGCUCCAAAAAGCCGCUGCCCAGUGUCCAGCUGCAACCGACUCUUCACCUCCAAGCACAGUAUGAAGGCGCACAUGGUGCGGCAACACAGCCGGCGCCAAGAUCUUGUACCUCAGCUGGAAGCUCCAAGUUCUCUCACACCCAGCAGUGAACUGAGUAGCCCGGGCCAAAGUGAGCUCACCAACAUAGAUUUAGCAGCACUUUUCUCUGACACACCUGCUAACAGCGGCAGUUCAGCAUCUGGGUCAGAUGAUGCCCUGAACUCUGGAAUCCUCACCAUUGAUGUCACCUCUGUGAGCUCUUCUCUGGGAGGGAAUCUCCCUACUACUACUAAUUCCUUAGGGCCAAUGGACCCCCUGGUUCUGGUGGCCCACAGUGAUAUGCCUUCAAGUUUGGACAGUCCUCUUGUUCUUGGGACAUCAGCCACAGUUCUCCAGCCAGGCAGCUUUGGUGCAGAUGAUUCACAGGCCAUGAGCACAGGAGCAGUAGGCUGUCUGGUGGCUCUGCCUGUGAGGAACUUGGGUCAAGACCUGCCAGCUUUGACCCCCAGCAAUCACUUGACAGCACCAGACAGCACACCAACUUCUUCAGGCACCACACAAGAAACUGCCAAUGUCCCAGAUCUGCUGGUUCCAAUAAAGGUGGAACAAGACUUGCCUUCUGUCCCAGAUAUGGUCCAAGGGCAGGAAGAAAGCCUCGGGCCAUCCCAGUCUAUGCUGUCCAGCUCUUCAGAGAGGCCAGGGACUCAAAAAGACUCAGAGCCCAGUGCUGGCACCGGCAGUUUCUACUUGGAAAGUGGGGGCUCAGCAAGAACUGAUUACCGAGCCAUUCAACUAGUCAAGAAAAAAAAGCAGAAAGGAACUGGGAGCGAUGAAGGAGCCUCUGAGGCUGCUCACGGAAAAAUGAAAGGUGGCGCGGUUAACCCUCCUCAUGUCCACUCAGGCCAGCAUAAUUGUUUUUGUGGCAACCUCAUGGUACCCAAUGGAGGCCUACCAGCACCAGCCCCUGCAGCUGGGCUGAACUGUGUCCAGAUCCCUGUUCUGCAGCCUGUCUCACUGCAUCUGUGCAAGCCCUUGCCUUUGUUAGGACUGACGUAUCAGGAUGAACCCUCAGGUGAAGGAGGCUUGCCACUGGCCCUCAGCCCCCAGCGCUCUGCCUUCCACCCCUACUUCACCGUGGAUCUGCCCGUCUACGUCCUCCAGGAAGUGCUUCCAGCACCUGGAGGUUCUGCUGGACUGGAGACUGCACAGCUACCAGGAAGCACUAUCAACCUGCGGGACCUUCAGUGACAGCAGCCGGAGCAAACAAGGACCGCGGUCCAGGCUGAUUUUCAAGACCUCAGAUGACAGUGAGGAGGACAGGGAGACCUCACUUGACUUCUGCUCAGCAGUUCAACCUGAUCCCUUUGAGACUUUGGGGUACACAAAUUGAAAGUGUUUUCAUUCUGUUGUAGCAAGAGCCAGUUUGGGCUGUACCUUAUGAAACUGCCUCCACAGGUUGCCCUUGGUGAGGUAGGCACUGUGUUCAUGCGUGUGCGUUCCAGCUCUUCCCAGUCCCCUUGGGCCUGAGCUGGGUAGCACUUGCUACAGAAAGAGCAA